GAUGCUGCCGGGGAGGGUCCCGGUGCUCCGCAGCCCCGGCCCCCCAGCACCACCUUCCUCUCUCCCGGCAGCCCCGCGCUCCCGCUUCCCGGCGCCUCGGCAGCCUCCCGUCCCUGCAUCCCUCCAUCCCUGCAUCCUCCCAUCCCUGCACCCGUGCUGCCCGGCGUCCCUGCGCUCUGCAUCCCGGCAUCCCUCCAUCCCGGUAUCCCUCCAUCCCGGCAUCCCUCCAUCCCGGCAUCCUCCCAUCCCUCCAUCCUCCCAUCCCUGCAUCCUCCCAUCCCUCUAUCCCUGCAUCCUCCCAUCCCUCCCGGCCAAGGCUCUGAGCCGUGACCGCUCGGUUUUGGGGAGCAGCGGGGGCCGCACAGGCCCGGGGGGCCGCGGCCGAGCUCAGCACCGGCCCCGGGGCGGGCGGGGGCUCAGGACCCCCCGCGCCCACCCUCGGCACAGCCCCGGCCGGGGAUGAGGCAGCGCCGGGGGGGCCACGAGCGACGCCGCAGGUAACGCAGCUGGCGGGAGCUCGCCACCCCCGGGCCACCAUGCCGUCCUCCAAGAGCGAGAGCGAGUUCUGGAUCGACGGAUCCCACCGCGAGGUGGCCCUGGAAGAUUUCUACGUCGUGGGCCCCGAGCUGGGACGGGGAGCCACCUCGGUGGUGUUCAGCUGCCAGGAGAAGGGAACAGGAGCCCCCUACGCUGCCAAGAUCCUGAAGAAGACGAUUGACAAAAAGAUCGUGAGGACGGAGAUCGGGGUCCUGCUGCGGCUCUCACACCCCAACAUCAUCAAGCUGAAGGAGAUUUUCGAGACGCCCUCGGAGAUCGCGCUCGUCCUGGAGCUGGUGACGGGGGGAGAGCUCUUUGACAGGAUCGUGGAGAGGGGGUUCUACAGCGAGCGGGACGCGGCUCACGUGGUCAAGCAGAUCCUGGAGGCGGUUUCGUAUUUGCACGAAAACGGGGUCGUCCACCGGGACCUGAAGCCGGAGAACCUGCUCUACGCAGACCUGUCCCCCGACGCGCCCCUCAAAAUCGGUGACUUCGGGCUCUCCAAGAUCGUGGACGAGCAGGACACCAUGAAAACAGUCUGUGGGACGCCGGGGUACUGCGCCCCCGAGAUCCUCCACGGGUGCCCCUACGGCCCUGAAGUGGACAUGUGGAGCGUGGGCGUCAUCACCUACAUCCUGCUCUGUGGCUUCGAGCCCUUCUUCGACCCGCGGGGGGACCAGUACAUGUACAGCCGCAUCCUCACCUGCGACUACGAGUUCGUGUCCCCGUGGUGGGACGAGGUGUCCCCCAACGCCAAGGACCUGGUCAGAAAACUGAUCGUUUUGGACCCCCAGAAGAGGCUGACGGUCUCCCAGGCCCUGGAGCACCCCUGGGUCACCGGGAAAGCUGCUAAGUUUGCUCACAUGGACAGCACGCAGAAGAAGCUGCAGGAAUUCAAUGCCAGGAGGAAACUGAAGGCUGCCAUGAAGGCCGUGGUGGCCUCCAGCCGCCUGGGCAACCACGGGCACCACGACUGCUCCCGCGGCGGGCGCAGCCAGGGGGGUCCCCGGGGCCCCCACCCACCCCAGGGCUCGGGGACCACCGGCCCCGGAGCCCCCACGGCCGGCGAGGACCUCGGCGUGUUCCAGAGCGACCACCCCGCCGUGCCCCCCGUGCCCCUGCCCGGCGCCGGCUGCCAGAGCUAACGGGGUCACCUCCGACCACCAACACCUGCCGAGCCUCGGGGGGAGCCGGGGGGGCCACGAGAGCCCUGGGCCCGUGGUCUGGGCUGUGGGACGUCCUUCUUUCGUGUCCUGUUCCAGUCCCGGUCCUGUCCGUGUGUGUCUGUGCCCACCCGGCUCGGGGACCAGGCGGGGCUGGGAUGUGACUCCUGGGAUGUGACUCCUGGGAUGUGACUCCUGGGAUGUGACUCCUCUUCCCGCGGCCUCUGGGGCUGGGAAAGGUCCCAAGUGGCUUAAAAACGAGGAGCAAAGAGCAGCACAAAGCAUUGCUCUCCCCUCCAGAGGCAGUGGGUUGUCUUUGAGGGGUCUGUGCGUUCCUGUAAAUAGUCCUGGAAGGUUUUUUUCUUUAGAUUAUUGCUGCCCCUUGCUGUGAUGUCUCCAGUGCUGUCACCAGGCCCAGCUGUGGGUUUGCUGCUGUGUUAGACGAGGUUUUAGGAGCCUCUGAACCCAGAUUUUUGAUCCUCUCUGGAGAAAAGUGUGUGCCAGUGGUUCCCCUGCCGUCCCUAGCUGGCGCCUGACCUCCAGUUUGUUUUUCUUCCACCCGGUUUUGUGUGUUCCCACCUCGUCUUGCUGUGGAUUCGUGGUGGUGGGGGGGUUGUCAUGGAACUGGGAAUGCUGGUCUGGCCUCUCCUUGGCACUCCAGGUCAGCAUUUACACAACAGUUUUAAGGAAGAACAAGGCAGCCCUUUCCAGGGUGCUUUGUGGGACGCUGUAACUGCUGUGCCCUGAGGGAGGACAGCGAGUUUACACCUGCUUGGGUUGUUUGUUUGUU